GUCCCUCGAAAUUCCUCACGAGUCCUACUCGCCUUUGUCCCUAUCUUAGCUCUAUAUUCGCCUCUCGCCCCUCCCCCAUCCCUUAGGACCCGCUCGGCACCUAGCGCUCACACCGACGCCCGUGCCAUUUCCCUUGCCCAACAUGAUGUCGCUCUACACGCUCUUCAUUGUCGCCUUCGCGCUUUUCGCAUCUGUCCUCGCUGCUCCUGUUAACUUGGAGAAGCGCAUCACGCACAGCGGUCGUGGAACUUGGUUCGACGUCGGUCUCGGUGCAUGCGGCGAGUAUAACAACAACAACGACAAGAUCGUCGCCAUUUCCUCCAACAUCUACGGCUCUGGCGGCAACUGCAACCAGUGGAUGCACAUCACGAACACUGCGAAUGGCAAGAGCGCGUACGGCCUGGUGCGUGAUGAAUGCCCGGGCUGCGGUUCUUACGACAUCGACAUGAGCCCGUCUCUCUUCGAGGAACUCGGUUCGCUCGAUACAGGUGUCCUCAAGGUCUCGUGGCACUACGAGAACAAGAGCUUCGAACCCUGAGCGCCCGUCGUAGCAUCUGACGGCUGCCCGCCCUCCGCGCUUCCUCUCUGCGCCAUCCGCAUCCAUCAUCCAUAUCCUAAGCUUAUCGACAAUCCGCACGCGUCCUAGAGACCCGGUUUUUAUUCGGGAUAUUUAUUUCGUGGUCCCAAGCUCGGUCUCUCUCAGCAUCGGUCUCUCUAUCCCGGUCCUCCCAUCCUCGGAUAUGGAAGGUUGCACACCUUAGACUCGCGCUCCCGCGGAGCGUACCGGCUCUCAAGUCGCACCAUCAAUUAUUGGUCCUUGGAAGUGUUGCGUCUCUAGCAGACGCGACUCGCACAAUUCACCUAUUCCUUCCAUCGUGAUCAUCAUCUCAAUCAAGCUUGCUUGAUGUUCUUUACGUUCACCUUCACGCGUCUUACGACAGUACGACUUUUGAUUACCCUUCUAUGCAUUCAGCGCAACCUUUUACCAUUUUGCCGUUCUUGGCUCCUUGUUUCCAUCUAACACAAUAGAAGCGAUAGAAUGUAAAAACACAUUAGCUGUAGAAGUGAUCGUGUAGCACUACAUGUCGUAUAGUUGACUAUGUUCUUGAUCGGUACUAGGUUCCCCGCGUCCAAUGUAGCUUCGCGGGCUUCCUGUUCUUGCCCUUCACACC